AUGGCUGUGCCCGAGCCGCUUGGCACACUCUUUGAACUCCCCGUGGAAGCCUUUGGCCAGGCCGACGGCGAUGCCAGCGAGCUGACGGCGGCAGCGCUGCAGGGCCUCGACCUGGAGGCCAGCGGAAGCGGCACCGCAGAGCCGCCCGCCGACCCAGCCGCCGCGGCAGCAGACGCCGGCACCGGCAGCAGGCCUGGCGGCCCCACCUGCAUAGCCUGCGGCAUCGGCGUGGCCGGCGCCCCCGGCUUUGCGUCUACCGAGGAGCAGCGCCGCCACUUCUCCCUGGACUGGCACCGGUAUAACGCCAAGCGGCGGGCGGCGGGCCGGGAGCGGGUGGGUGAGGCGGAGUUUGCGGCGCUGGUAGAGGAUGAGCGGCAGGAGGUGGGCAGCAUCUCGGGCAGCGAGUCGGAGCAGAGCGAGGCGGAGGAGGACGAGGAGGCGGCGGCGGCGGCGGCGGCGACGCCCGCGGAAGCCGGGCCCCAGUUUGCCUUUGCAGGGGCAGAUGGCAAGCGGUACGCCUGCUGGCGCCCGCUGGUGGCUCCCGACAGGGACCGAGCCGUCGCCGGCGCGCAGCCCUCGGCCGACCAGUGCCUGGCGGCGCUGCGCGGCCUGCGCCAGCACGGCGGCCGCUGGGCGGUGGUCAUGCUGCGGGGCGGCCACUUUGCGGCGGCGGUGUUUGGCCUGGACCCCGCCCGCGUGGGCAACCCGCGGCAGGCCGACAAGUUUGAGACGCUGGCGCACAAGAGCGCGCACCGCUACGUGGUCAGGGCCGGCCAGGGCGGCAGGCAGUCGGCCAAGGAUGCGGGCGGCAAGUACGCCAAGUCAGCAGGCUCGCGCCUGCGCCGCUACAACGAGGCCGCGCUGCAGAGGGAUGUGGCGGAGGCGCUGGGCGGGUGGCGGGAGCUGCUGGCGGGGUGCGGCCUCAUCUUUGUGCACGCCCCUUCCUCCAACUGGCAGCAGCUGUUUGGCGGCGAGCAGCCGCUGCUGGACAAGGGCGACGCCCGCGUCAGGAGAGUGCCCUUCACGACGCGGCGGCCGACAUUCAGCGAAACGAAGCGGGUGGCUCGCAUCCUGGUGACGCUGUACCAGCUGCCAGAGGCGGCAGCCGAGGAGGAGCGGCAGCGGCAGCGGCAGGAAGCGGUAGCGGCGGACGCAGCGGCGCGGCAGCGGCAGGCGCAGCAGGCGCAGCAGGCGGCCGCGGAGCAGGGCGCGGCGGCGGCGACGGCGGCAGAGGCAGAGGCGGCAGCGGAGGAGGAGGCGAGGAGGAGGAAGGCGGAGAAGCGAGCGCGGCAGAAGGCAAAGCAGAGGGAGGCGCGGCAGGCGGAGGCGGCGGUCAGCAAGGCGGCGGCGGAGGAGGCGGCGCGGCAGGCGGCUGACGACGAGAUUGGCAGGGCGGCCGCGGCGGUGGCUGCCCAGAGCGGCAAGCUGACGGCCAAGCCCGCGCCCGUCGGCGGCGGCGCCGGCCCCGGCAAGGCAAGUGGCGGCGCGGCGGCCGCCCCGCCCCGCCUGUCCGCCAAGCCGCGGGCGCACGAGGGCGCCGACGUGCGCCGCGCGCGCAUGGCGGCGGCCGCCGAGGCGAGGAUGAAGGCGCUGCAGGAGGCGGCCAGGCAGCAGCAGCUGCACUGA